CACCAAUGGUCUCUGGCGCGCAGACCAGCCGACACCGAGCCGACGCCGACGCCGAACGGAACCAAAUGUCACCACCACUCACGCGGCCCGACGUCAUGAGCCAGAUCUCCGCCGACAUCCACAUCGCCAUCGACAACACGACUUGCACACGACACAACAACAAUCGCCCCACGCGCAAUGGCUCCAGCCAUCCCUGCGGGCCUGAACGCCGACUACUGGUCGACCUUUGAGCUGCCGCGCGGCGCCGGCGUGCCCGAGGUGCUCGCCGAGGGGGAGGCGUGGAUCGGGGGCUGGGACGGUGUGGGGCUGUACGAGGGCAACAACAAGGUGCCCCAGUAUGAGACGCUCACGGUACACAUCACGACACACCGCCUCAUCCUCGUGCCCGAUGGCAGCGGCUCCAAGCCGCGCGCGCUCGAGGCGCCGCUCAGCGCCAUGCGCCAGACCGAGUUCUACACGGGCUUCAUGCGCUCCUCGCCCAAGAUCACGCUCUUCCUCGGCCGUUCUCCCGUUCCAGAGCCGUCCCGCGCUAGCCUCUCGAGCUCGAGCACGAGCUCGUUGCCAUCGCCCGCGCCGGCGGCAGCGCCAGUGCCCGCCGCGAGCUCGUGGACCUGCGGCGUGUGCGGGUUCCCCAAUCCGCUCCCGCCGGGCCCGUCGAAGACGCCCCCACCAGCGACCAAGUGCCAGCUAUGCGGCGUCGCAUAUGCCACUAGCCGGAGCAUGACCCCGCCCGUGACGCGCUCGGCAACGCCGGCGAGUGUUGCUACGGCUCCGACGCCCGCGUCGCCAGCCGAGCCCGCGCCUACGCCGCCGCCGCCAGAACCGGAGAGCGACCAGAUCGCGUGCCCCGCCUGCACGUUCCUAAACCACAAGUGGCUUUCGACGUGCGAGAUCUGUGGUACGGGGCUGCCGAAGCCGAGUAGGAAGAGCGACAAGGACAAGACGGAUAAGGUGGACAAGCCCGAGGUCAAGCUACCGCCGCCGGGGCCGGAGAAACACGACGUCGUGCGCUUGAGCUUUCGCAAGGAUGGCGUAAAGGAGGCAUACCGCCGCCUCAAGGGCGUCCUGUCUGACAAGGUGUGGGAGCGGGUGGCUGCUGGCCCUCCACGGCGGCAGACGAGCAGCGACGAGAAUGGGGACAAGCAGGGUGGCGCCGGAAUCGACGCCAUCAUGAGGGCGAUUUCGCUCGACGCGCGCGCACACGACGAGGGGAUGCAGGACGCCUUCAAGGACCUCGAGGUGCUAAUGGUUCGCGCGGGCGAGAUGGUGCGGCUUGCGCAGAACCUCAACGCCAAGCUGUCUGCCGCUGGGGCGGGCGCGGCGUCAGACGAAGAGGCAACCCUGGUCCGCUCGUCGCUCGUGCAGCUCGGUCUGCGCGCGCCUGCACUCACGCAGGACAUGGUGCGCGACGAGCGCGCGUACCUCGAGGGCCUGGCGCGCGAGCUCGGCGGUAUCCUGACUGGGCGGAGUCGCGGGGCGCCACGGACGGCCAACGACAAGAACGGGCUCAUGCUCCAGUCGGGGCAGGGCGUCAUCGCUCUCGACACGGUAUGGGGUCUUUGGAUGCGCGCCAGAGGCGUGGCGCUCCUCCCGCCCGUGACGCUGGUACAGGUGCUCCCUUUCCUGCCGGCGCAUACGAGCCCUUCGAUCCGGUCGCUCGCGCUGCCGUCGGGCCUGACAGUGCUCUAUACGCCGCUGUACGCACCGCCAGUGCUCCUCGCGCGGCUGGUGGAGCGCAUGAGCCCGCAAGCCGACGGCGCCGAAGUUGGCCUGAGCAUCAUCGACAUUGCCGCCGUCGAAGGGCUGCCGAUCGGCCUCGCGACCGAGCUGGUCGACAACAUCGCCUCCAGGCCGCCCGUGAGCGGCAUCGGCAUCGUGCGCGACGACCAGGCAGGGCCAGGCGAGGGCGGGACAAAGUGGUACCGCGAUAUCAUCGGGAGCUGGCCGCUGGGACAGGCGGCGGCAGCGUAGAGCAGCGUAGAUCAUCUUGGUUGUAUAGACGCAUAUGCAUGGGUGGGGCGCGGG